AUCUUAUUGCAGCUCUGCCCUCUCAGUUGCAGGUAUGAGGGUGCUACACUGGUGCAUGCUGGGAGGGACCGUCCUGCUGCUGAUUUGUGAGAUCGCCAUCAGUCAGCUGUGUAAAUCCCUCAUCACGCUGGUGGAUGGUUUCCACACGCUCUUCGUCCUCAUGCACAUGACUCUUCCUCUCCAUCAGACUGCAAUCAAACCUCCGCUCUCCUCUCUGGACUCCUCUGCGUCUCCUCCACCUGCUUCCUCCUCUUUAGAAGAGUCAUCCAUCACUCCUCCACCUGGUAUCCAGACCACCAUCGAAGGAUCAGCCAUCCCAGAUCAGACCAACCAUGAGGCAGCUUCACUGGUCGACCAAAAAGUCUCUCCUGCAGCUCCAACCUGCGGUCUGAACUACUCCAGCAGCAGGAUCCAGGCCGUGGGGGUUUUCGUUUCCGCCCUCCUCCUGGCUUCUCUGUGUAUCUCCUACCUACUGGAAAUUGUCAGUUUUUCUCUGGAGCCACACCCGGUGCAGCACCCCCUGCUGCUGGUGGCGGUCGGAGCUGCCGGCCUGCUCCAUAAGAUGCUGGUGUUUGGGCUGAACUGGGAUCAGCUGCGGGACGAGAGGCCAGCAGGCGGCAGGCAGCUGGAGACUGAAUGUCACCUGCAAGUGAACCACAAAGUCUUGGCUGAAGAGGAAUCCAUAGGCCAGGAGGAAUCCAAAGACAUCAGCCAAUCAAAAGUCCAGUCUGCUGUGGACGAUUCGCUCCACAGUGGGGCAUUUCUCCUCUGUAAUCCAGGAACCUCCAGCGCCCCUGACACCGACUCCCAAACUCCACAGCAACAGCCAGAAGUCCACCUGCAUGGCUGUGAAGAAGGGAGUGGUGCUGAAGAUCCAAAGGCUUACGAGUGUGAAAGUCCUUCAACAGACGUUUCAGAGGGACUGAAACGCAACAUCUGCAGGGGACAUGUUGACAGUCAAAAUGUCCCUCAAACCUCCCCAACCUGCCAGUCAUCAUAUCUCACUGAGAGAUCUGAACCAAUCACCCAGUGGCCAGUCUGCUUCCUGUCGUUCGUCUUUGCUACUCAGGGACUUUUUACGUCCAUUCUGGCUCUGAUCAACAGCCUGGUGAUGCUGCUGAUCACGCCACAGUUCCUGCACAGCUCUGGAGCCUGUGGCCUCCUGGUCUACCUGGAUCCUGGCCUCUCUCUGCUGGCAGUGAUCACACUGAUUGCCACAACUAUGCCACAGGUGUAUCGGUACGGACUGCUGCUGCUACAGGCCUCACCUCCACAAGUUUGUGUGUCUGAUCUUGGACGGAAGAUUGCGAGUGUUCCUGGAGUGCAGGCUGUGCACGACCUUCACGUCUGGCAGCUGACUGAGUCUCUGCUGGUGGCUUCUGUCCAUGUGCACUGCUACGCUGGGCUUCCUGCACACAGGUGUGCUGAUCUGAUGUCGGGGGUCACUAAAGUGCUGCAGAGUGUAGGAGUGAGCUGCUGCACCGUUCAGCCAGAGUUUGCCUCCUGCUCUGGUUUCUGUGCAGGCAGCGACGGUGACGCCUCCCCCCUCGUCCACAGAGAGGACCCCUCCCUGCCUCCUCUCCCGGCCUGCAGCCUUGCCUGUGGAAAAGCCUGUGCUGGGAAUAUGUGCUGCUCUCUGCUGGAGGAGGAGACCCGGAGCCUGAUUGCGCCACCGUCUGGGGAACUGAAGGAAGAGCCUCAUGCUCUGGUCAUAGAAAACACCUUCGUCUGACUCAGUUUUAACCAAAGAAUCACACUUGUAGUCUGACAGCCAAGAGGUUCUGCGAUAUUGUUUUUUUCUCUGCUGAUCAUUUAUCAUUGUUUUGUAUAUCAUGACACCUACAGUGGAGUGGACCUGUCACCCUUGAGCAAUUUUAAGUAUUUAAGACGGUGUGUAGUUUAGCUGCUGUGAAGGACCACAAUUCAAACUGUCUUAUUACUUUAUUCUUUUUUACCAUGAAGCAAUAAUAUUUUUGACCAAGAUUAAACUUUUUGUGUCCAGUGAAUUCAUUAGAAAGACCUGAGAAGUGUUGGCUGUACUGUUGUUUUGUUAACUAGCACAAGGGUUACCAUUAUACCAUAAAUCUCAAGAAUUCGACCUUUGGCUGCCAGACUACAGGGCAAAGAGCGUAAAUGACAUAUAACAUCCAUGCGCUGAUGAAAGGGUGAGGAUGGGGAAAUGAACAGAUGUGAAUAAGUGUAUCUCGUCUUAAGCGUUGUUGUAACAUUAACAAGGUGCUACUCCAAACAUUUCUAUGUAAUGUCAAGCGAAAAUCUGUGAAAAUGAAGACUUUAUUUUUUAGUGUUGUUUCAUUUAUACCUGGAAGCUCUGCAUUCUCACUAAUGUUUGAAUUGAAACAAAAAUAAAUGAUGAUGCUAAA